GAAGCGUCGCAGCUCUGAGCUCAGCAGACGCUUCAUCACACCAGCCACUGAUGCCUUUCCAAGCAGAAGAAAGCAGAUCUGAGGCUUGUAGCUGAGGGUAAACCUCUGAGAAGCGGAUGAAGAAACAAAUCUUACUACGUUUCACAUACAGAGGACUAGUAAGAAAAGGGAAGAAGAGUAAAAGAAGAAAAUGGCCAAUUUUAUAUUACGGAAAGCCGAGCCCAAGGACGUGUCUGACAUACUGCGACUCAUAAAGGAACUGGCCAAAUUUGAGGAAAUGGAAGAUCAAGUUGUUCUCACUGAGAAAGAUCUGCUGGAGGACGGCUUUGGAGAUCAUCCGUUCUAUCACUGUAUCGUGGCUGAAGUGCCCAAACAGCAUCAGAGCGCCGACGGUUUUGGAAUUGGCUCUGAAAUCCUGAAGAAACUGAGUCAGACGGCGGUCAGGACUCGGUGCAGCAGCAUGCACUUCAUCGUGGCGGAGUGGAACAAAUCCUCCAUCGAGUUCUACAAGCGGCGUGGAGCGUCUGAUCUCUCGCUGGAGGAAGGGUGGAGGCUCUUCAAGAUCGACAAGCAGAACCUGCUCAAGAUGACCAGUGAGGAGUGAAGCGGAUGGCAGGAGAUUGUUGCAGUCUGUGAUUGACCCUCUGGUGCUGGUGUUCACUGAAGUGGACAGAUCUUCAAAAGUCAUUUUGAAGCAUUCCGGGUGUGAUGUUACAUCCAAAACCUUUCAUUCUUCCCCAUAAUUACAAUUCUCUCUACAUAAUUUUGAAAGACUAUAUUCUUGUUUUGAAGUACAUUAAGAUAUUUUCUUUUAUUUUGUGAUUUAAUAAGUCAUGCAAUGUAGUGAUGUUUAUAUAGACGCGGCAUAUUCACUUCUCUGUAUACUUCAAUCUGAAAUUA